GCCAACCUGAUGUCGGCUACCGCUACAUCAAAAUAACACAGCGGGAACAGUCAAAGAUCACAACAUAUAAAUUUCAAGAUGUUUAACUAAAAUAAUAUUUGUAACUUUUAAAAGAUGGAAGAUUUAAACGAACUUCAUAAUUUAGCUAAUACUACUUUUCAGAAUGUCACUAACCUAAGUCCUAUGCUUCGACAGAUGGUUGCAAAUGCAAAAAUUUAUCAAAAGUCUGUUCAAACUACAUGUAACCUGGCUGUUAUGUUCAUUGAAUCAAUGCAAAAUGUUGCAAAUGCUGCAACUGUGUCACAAGGUGCAACUAAAAAAUUAGGUGAAGUUAUUGAAGAUAUAAUUGAUGCAUAUAAGGAGAUAGAAAAUAUGAAAUUGGAAUUAACAAAGUUAUUUAUAAAUGAAGUCAUAAUCCCACUGGAAAGUCGAGCAGAAAUUGAAAUUAACAACAUGAAGGGCACACAUAAAAGUUACAACAGUGAAAACAAAAUACAAACAGAACUCACAGAGAAAGCAAGGACUACUGUUUCGAAGAUCAAAAAGAAAAGUAUACGAAAAAAGAAAUCACCAAAAUUAGAAGAAAAAGAAAAAUUGAGUGUGCAAACUUUGGACGAGGAGGAAAAGAAAUUAAAACAAGUUCGGGAAGAAGGUUUGCGAAAGGCAUUAAUUGAAGAACGAAGGGUUUAUUGUUUUGUUGCUGAGCGUAUGUGUACAUAUGGAAGAGGAAUGAUCAUAUACAACAACAGGAUUUCAAACUUUAUAAACCAAAAGCUUCCAGACUGGCAACAAUACAUUGCUAAACCUACAGAACUGCCAGAAGAUAGUGAAGCCAUUAUAGCUAAUCCCACUGGAUACAAAAUGGGCACUGUUAAAAGAAAAAUGUCUCGUUCGGACAAAAAAGAAGCUGUUAAACGAGGCAAAUCUUUCAACAACCAUUUCCCAACUAAAUACAGCACCUUCGAUGGUCGUUCAUCAAGAGGAGGUUCUCGCCCAAGUCUGUCAGCGGUAACUGUUAGCUCGGUUUCUAACCUAUCUGAUGGGAGUCAUAGUAACACACCAACCAGAAGAGCCCCGGGUACACCCGGCAUAAGUAGCCUUCAUAGUCCCUCGUUUUCGAUGCCACCAAGGUCGAUUACUGAUGAUGAUUUGAGCACUGCAGCCCACGGUGGUAGUCCUACUAGUGAAACAAUCCAGAUAAAAAUGUAUGAACCUCCCAAGCUUCACACGGCUGCUGCUAGUCCAACACGGAGUGAAUAUGCUAAUUUAGUUGUGUUGAACAAACACGAUGAGAACAGCUUGGCUGCACGCAGUCAUUCUUUCACUGCUCCAAGAAAAGAAUUAAAUGACCAGAAGGUGACGCUAAAUCGGACGGAGAGUGCAGUGUGUGAUGGGAUGAAACGGAGUAUACCCAAUGCUUUGACAGAAGGUGCUGAUUCAUCAUCUGAUUUUGCGUCACGGUUAGCAAUGAUACAGAAUCAGUUAAGUCAGAAGUUGAAUGAACCGCCGGCUGAUGACCCCACUUCAAAGAGUUGCCUCAGAGCAUUGUACGAUCAUCUUGCGCAGGACCAGUCUCAACUUAAUUUUGUAAAGGAUGACAUCAUUCUCCCUAUUUGUGAAGCGACCGCGGGUUGGCAGUACGGAGAAAAUGAAAAGACAAAAAAAUCGGGAUGGUUUCCAUCUGCUUUCACAGAAGAAGUUAUUAUAACUAGCACUGGGGAAACAAAAGCUAAACCCACUGCACGUAACACUGGUACAACCCACAAGAAACACCCUCCACCUGUGGCGAAAAAAUCUCAUCGAGGCGCUAGCCGAAAAAUAUCGUUAGUGACCCCUAAAAGUCAGAAUGAUGAAAUGCACGCUAGGUCGAACAGCCAUGGAGAUAUCCCGAUGAUGUCCACGUCAAAUUCUAUGCCACAAAUGCUACACAUGGCGAAUGAGACUUCCACCAAUGGCCACGAGCGAAAGCAUUCGAAUUCAUUUCAAGGGAUUGACUUUAACCAUGACGAUAUGGAUUCGUUUGAUGACAGUGCGGAAGAUGUAACCGAAGAGAAAAUGACCAAAAAGAAAAGAACUAAAUUCUCUGCGAAAGAUUACGAUGCUAUGCCGCCACCCCCACCGCCACCACCACCUGAGUCAGACGAGGAAGAAGAGGAACAAGAGGGAGAUAAAACUAUUGUUGACAAUAAUGAUAAUCCAUUUAAUGGAAUCACAUUUCAGGCUCCAGCUGCUGUGAGUUAAACAGAAUGGAAGACGUACAGAUGAACGAAAGAUAUGUUUGAAAACUGGAACGCUCCACCUGUUGCACCUAGUCUUCUUCGGGGUUGCCUGUUCGUAAAGUUCGAAACCCCUCCUUCCCGGUGUUUAUAUUAAAUUAUUUAAUCAGAUAUCUCUCAAAUUUUAUAUUAGUUUCAAAAUAUUACAUUUUUAUCUAUUUUUGUAAAUAUAACGUAGACUCGUACAGUUGAUUCAGCCUCGUUUGCAGACAGUUAAGUUUGCGCACGAGGUUGGAGAUUAGUGUUCUGUUCGUAUAAAGAAUAGUAAUAGUUUCUUUAGUGUUUAAACGAUAGUCCAGGUUGGCUAAUAUACUUUUAAGUUUUCCAUGAGCUUUUAUAUUGUUAUUUUAUAUUAUAUAUAAAUUAUAAUGUUUAUGUUUUUCGUAAAAUUACGGUAGAUUACCAUCCCAAAUAAUACUUUUCCAGUGACAAGAUGAAUCUUGAAAAAUGUUUUGGCUCAAAAAGUUGAUUUUAUGUUCUAUAACGGAAGUAGCAUAAACAACGAACAUUCGGCGAAAUGCAUCGUGUUUUUGCAUCCAUUCAGUCAGACAUUCAUGCAGUGAAGAUCAGCAUCCUUACAUCUUCUAUAGACAUGUCAAGGGUACACGGCGAGUGAGUUAAAAACAUUUUUUUCGUCCAUUCUUAUUAGGCUUGUUUUUACAAUUUGACUGCAUUUUUCGCUAUAGCGCUAAAUCUUACGGGCUAUUUUCGUAGCGCAUGUGCACUUAGACAAAAUCUCGUGAGCUUUUUUUGCUAUAGCGGAAUAAACAGCCAAAUGGAAAUGAGCCUUGUAAGAUCAGAGGAAACGUUUUGAAAAAGUUUUGUUUGCUUGAACCAACUUGACAUUCUAUACAGUUUAUUGUAUUUUAAUAAGUUUGGUGAGAGCCAAAAAAACAUUCUUUACAGAUGCAGGGUCUCAUAAUUCUGCCUUUGACGUUGAUUUUUCUAAGAUGCUGUGUAGCGUGUCCACGAAUUUAGAACACAAGACUGCAUUGUUAUAUGUUUUUUAAUGGGAAGUGAUUUUUAUAUUUUUUUUUAAAAAAAUCAAUUUAUAAUUUGUUUUUUCUAGUUUUUAAAAAAAGUUUUUUUAUAAGGUUGAAUUUUAAUGUGAUUGUCUGUUAUCGUUAUCUUGGAGGAAAAAGUCAAAUCCAGAGU